CGAAUUGUCCACGGGCGAGUUGAACCAUGCAGAUUUGGUAUGCAUUCUGGACGAUUUACGGUACUUUAGAUUUGUACAUGUACUGUACGUUCGUACGUACUACGUGUGCAUGCAUCGAAUCAGGGACAACUCGGAGUUGUUACUUUGAAGUUUGAACAGGGAGGUGCUUUGAAUAAUUUGACUGUGUUUGAAGGUGUGGAAUCUGUGACUUGGACCUGGAAGGCUGACGGUGUUCAUACAAAAUCUCUGAUCCAGGGUGCUAUCUGCCAUUUGGACUGAAGAAAGUUUUUGGAGUGACAGGCGCUAUCUCCAGUGUAACAGUUGCUGUAUCUGGAGGAAGAAAAGUGUUGAGAGUGUGUCUGGGUCCUGUGAUCAAAUUGCAACGAGAAGUCUUUGUUUUGUCUUGUGAUUGUAUAUUUGUCUGUCUUUGUUUACUCGUUUAUCUUUAUCUUUCCUAAUCUCAGAAGAGAUCCUGCUCUCCGAAGAAGAGAGUGAACCGCACCCCGAAGGGUGUGUCUUUUUUUCAAAUCUCAGAAGAGAUCCUGCUCUCCGAAGAAGAGAGUGAACCCCACUAGAAGGGUUUUCAUUUUAUCAUUGUAUUCAUUAACGCAAAACUUGAUAUCAUCUUUCACGUCUUUCCUAAUCUCCGAAGAGAUCCUCCUCUCAGAAGAGAGUGAACCUCACCCAAAAGGGUGUGUCUUUUAUCCAUUUAUUCCAUUUCACCUUCAUCAAUCUAUAUAUUGGAAGACACAAGUUGUUUUCUGUGAAUCUAUAUAUUGGAAGACACAAGUUGUCUUCUGUGAAUCUAUAUAUUGGAAGUCACAAGUUGUCUUCUGUAAAGAACCAAAGAAACCAAAGAAAUAUAUUACUCAAACUCAAUCUUGAUCUCUCCUGAAAUUGAAUCUUCAAUUUCUUCUGUUGCUGAAACUGUGAAAUUGUGUGGAAAUUGUAGAAAAUAAGAGAUUUGACAAGAGUGUUAGAAACAAGAAUUAGAAGAAAACUUUAUUUUUAAGUUGAUUUUGAGUGAAAGAAAGCUGACUGGUUAAUUGCUUGUUUAAGACAUUGGAUAAAGUUGUUGGUGUACAGAGAGAAAAAGGUGAAUUGAUUGAAUAACUGAAUUGUUGGAAGUUGAUUGUGACCAAUAGAGAUUGUUUUGGUUGGUUGAUUGAGUGAUUUGAUAAAACUAAAAUUUGUGAAUAUUACCUUUAGCAUAUAAGGUUGAAUUUAGAAAAAUAACUAAGACCAUCUAAUUAGGCAAAACGAGAACACUUCGUACUAGCAGAGAGAAAUUACACAAUAAAAAAUAACAUAACACAGAAGUUUAUCUUAAAGAGCGCCAUCUUGAGGCAAAAACAAUACGUUUAAAUACAUCGUAAACGGAAGUUCACUUACAUUGAGGAGGUAUAAAUUUAUUUUGGUCUUUACUGAGACAACGUUUUGAAGAAUACAUUCCACUUUUGUAUUGAUUUUUGAUUGAAAUAAGUACUCAAACAUAACAAAUUUUCAAAGCAGAAAAAUCUUAAAUUGAGACAAUUAAUAUCUCUUAUACAAAGUUGUACCAUUUAGACACGUAGCUUAAUUUCAGAUUUGUUUCACAAAGGAUACGAAUUUUAAUUAAUAGAGCGCCAUCACAAGGCAUAUACAUUAUAGUGAAUUCUUUUGAUUUAUAUAGAUAAGUCAAACUGUAAAUCAUCAAAAUACAGAGUAUUAGUAACAGUAUUGGGUGACCAUAUAACAGAAAAGAAAUAUAUUACUCAAACUCAAUCUUGAUCUCUCCUGAAAUUGAAUCUUCAAUUUCUUCUGUUGCUGAAACUGUGAAAUUGUGUGGAAAUUGUAGAAAAUAAGAGAUUUGACAAGAGUGUUAGAAACAAGAAUUAGAAGAAAACUUUAUUUUUAAGUUGAUUUUGAGUGAAAGAAAGCUGACUGGUCAAUUGCUUGUUUAAGACAUUGGAUAAAGUUGUUGGUGUACAGAGAGAAAAAAAGUGAAUUGAUUGAAUAACUGAAUUGUUGGAAGUUGAUUGAGUGAUUUGAUAAAACUAAAAUUUGUGAAUAUUACCUUUAGCAUAUAAGGUUGAAUUUAGAAAAAUAACUAAGACCAUCUAAUUAGACAAAACGAGAACACUUCGUACUAGCAGAGAGAAAUUACACAAUAAAAAAUAACAUAACACAGAAGUUUAUCUUAAAGAGCGCCAUCUUGAGGCAAAAACAAUACGUGUAAAUACAUCGUAAACGGAAGUUCACUUACAUUGAGGUAUAAAUUUAUUUUGGUCUUUACUGAGACAACGUUUUGAAGAAUACAUUCCACUUAUGUAUUGAUUUUUGAUUGAAAUAAGUACUCAAACAUAACAAAUUUUCAAAGCAGAAAAAUCUUAAAUUGAGAGAAUUAAUAUCUCUUAUACAAAGUUGUACCAUUUAGACACGUAGCUUAAUUUCAGAUUUGUUUCACAAAGGAUACAAAUUUUAAUUAAUAGAGCGCCAUCACAAGGCAUAUACAUUAUAGUGAAUUCUUUUGAUUUAUAUAGAUAAGUCAAACUGUAAAUCAUCAAAAUACAGAGUAUUAGUAACAGUAUCGGGUGACCAUAUAACAGAAAAGAAAUAUAUUACUCAAACUCAAUCUUGAUCUCUCCUGAAAUUGAAUCUUCAAUUUCUUCUGUUGCUGAAACUGUGAAAUUGUGUGGAAAUUGUAGAAAAUAAGAGAUUUGACAAGAGUGUUAGAAACAAGAAUUAGAAGAAAACUUUAUUUUUAAGUUGAUUUUGAGUGAAAGAAAGCUGACUGGUUAAUUGCUUGUUUAAGACAUUGGAUAAAGUUGUUGGUGUACAGAGAGAAAAAAAGUGAAUUGAUUGAAUAACUGAAUUGUUGGAAGUUGAUUGAGUGAUUUGAUAAAACUAAAAUUUGUGAAUAUUACCUUUAGCAUAUAAGGUUGAAUUUAGAAAAAUAACUAAGACCAUCUAAUUAGGCAAAACGAGAACACUUCGUAAUAUAGCAGAGAGAAAUUACACAAUCAAAAAUAACAUAACACAGAAGUUUAUCUUAAAGAGCGCCAUCUUGAGGCAAAAACAAUACGUUUAAAUACAUCGUAAACGGAAGUUCACUUACAUUGAGGUAUAAAUUUAUUUUGGUCUUUACUGAGACAACGUUUUGAAGAAUACAUUCCACGUUUGUAUUGAUUUUUGAUUGAAAUAAGUACUCAAACAUAACAAAUUUUCAAAGCAGAAAAAUCUUAAAUUGAGAGAAUUAAUAUCUCUUAUACAAAGUUGUACCAUUUAGACACGUAGCUUAAUUUCAGAUUUGUUUCACAAAGGAUACGAAUUUUAAUUAAUAGAGGGCCAUCACAAGGCAUAUACAUUAUAGUGAAUUCUUUUGAUUUAUAUAGAUAAGUCAAACUGUAAAUCAUCAAAAUACAGAGUAUUAGUAACAGUAUUGGGUGACCAUAUAACAGAGAUAGUUUGAAAAUAAGUUUAUCCAUUAUAUAGCUUUGAAAUUUGUGUAACUUUGUUUUGGAAGAAAAUUUUGUCGUGAUGGAUACAAUUGAAUUCAUGAGCGUACUUGAUGAAAUCAUAGACAUACUGUCGAGCUGCGAGUCAACGAUCAAUGCAGACUCUGAUGAAUGUUUUGUUUGUAGCAAUGACAUCAAAGAAAAUGAAAGUGAUGCAACAUGUGAGUGUUGUAGUAAGCAAUUUCAUGUGACAUGUAUGGGAUUCCCUUGUGAAGACAAACUGAGUAACCUGAAAUUGAUCUGGAUUUGUUCAUUUUGUGGCAAUAGCAACAUUGCUCAUCGCAUGUUUGAUAAAGUAUGCAUCCCUUCUCAUUUCAAUAGAUACGAGCUUCUUGUGGAUCAAGGUGAUGAAGAGUGCAUUACUGACAUGCCAAACCAAUCAACCAAGAAAAGGGACGGAAGAAAAUGUACCAGAUCAAAGAAGAGAUCAAGGAUUUGCGAAUGUACAGAGUUCAUGCUGGUGGCAAGAAAAAAGAACAAGGUAAAGCAAGGAACAAGAAAGACAAGAACAACUAAAGAAGAUAAAACGUCAAAGAGAACCUUGCCAUGUCCAUCAAAUCAGGCUGAUGUUAAAAUGAAGCAUGUGUUCAAGAAGUGUAGAUCCAAAUGGCAGUUAGAAGAAGAAAUUUAUGAAGUAGUGGAUAAGUCUCCUGAAACAUUUCAAGAUCAUGUUGACCCAAAGGGAAAAAAACGUAGGCUUACGCUGGAGACUGAAGCAGUCGAGGUUUCCUGAUUUGUAACGGACACAGUGUUGUACUUCGUACUCAAAGCUGGCAAGGUGUGUACAAGCAUUGCAUGAGUUAACUUCUUCAAUAGACUGCAAAGCACAACGUUGCAAAGCUCACUUCUAGAACCCUAGUCACCAAUGACAGUGCACCACCAUAUUCCUUUGCUCACCAGUUGAAACAAACUACCGCCCUCGAGUCAGAAGGCUGUCCUCAUCGUCCAACACACAGCGGUAACAUCACCCCAGGACUUCAGCCCUCCGGUGAUACCUGGUUCAGCGAAGACUAGGCCUUGGGGAGUGUUUACGGCUCUGUCACCAAAACAGCAUUGUGGCAGAAGUAUGGAACACCAGCAUAUACAUGUAAUGUAUCGGGACCUUUACAGGAUAACUUCUUCAAUAGACUGCAAAGCGCAACGUUGCAAAGCUCACUUCUAGAACCCUAGUCACCAAUGACAGUGCACCACCAUAUCCCUUUGCUCACCAGUUCAAACAAACUACCACCCUCGAGUCAGAAGGCUGUCCUCAUCGUCCAACACACAGCAGUAACAUCACCCCAGGACUUCAGCCCUCCGGUGAUACCUGGUUCAGCAAAGACUAGGCCUUGGGGAGUGUUUACGGCUCUGUCAUCAUAACAGCAUUGUGGCAGAAGUAUGGAACACCAGCGUAUACAUGUUAACUUCUUCAGAUGACUGCAAAGCGCAACGUUACAAAGCUCACUUCUACAACCCUAGUCACCACUGACAGUGCACCACCAUAUCCCUUUGCUCACCAGUUGAAACAAACUACCGCCCUCGAGUCAGAAGGCUGUCCUCAUCAUCCAACACACAGCGGUAACAUCACCCAAGGACUUCAGCCCUCCGGUGAUACCUGGUUCAGCAAAGACUAGGCCUUUGGGGGGUUUUUACGGCUCUGUCAUCAUAACAGCAUUGUGGCAGAAGAAUGGAACACCACCAUAUACAGGAUAACUUCUUCAGAUGACUGCAAAGCGCAACGUUGCAAAGCUCACUUCUACAACCCUAGUCACCAAUGACAGUGCACCACCAUAUCCCUUUGCUCACCAGUUCAAACAAACUACUGCCCUCGAGUCAGAAGGCUGUCCUCAUCGUCCAACACACAACGGUAACAUCACCCCAGGACUUCAGCCCUCCGGUGAUACCUCGUUCAGCGAAGACUAGGCCUUGGGGAGUGUUUACAGCUCUGUCAUAACAGCAUUGUGGCAGAAGUAGCCUCGAUCUCGACCAAGACAUAUUGAAUGCCACUCUGUAUGGCUCGGCAUACUUUUUUUUUUAUUCAUACUAACGUGUGUUCAUGUCCAUUUUUCCACCUCUGACUUACAUUUAUUUUCUGAUACCAUGUUUCUGUGUGAUUUUAGUCUUAUUUUUACUGGUAUGACAAUGUAAACAUAUACUUUUGUUCCACACAAGAUAUUUUGGGAUUUUGUGUGCACUUCCAUGUAACUACAUGUAUUUUUAUACCAUAGUUUUUGUUUCUGAUUAUUCAAUUCCUUUUACGCUCUCAUUCCUUUAUAGUUGUAUCUUAUUUGAGACAGAGGAAGAGAUAGGGUGAAUAGUAGAGAGAGAGAGAGAGGGGGGGGGGGGGGAUGCAGAAACAAAGCGCCAUUCAUGAUGAAUUUUAUUACAUUUGUGUUUUAACUUUGCACAUACAUUGCAAGAUUUUGGGAAUUUAACACCUUUAUUUUUCUGUAAGUUUGUAAAUCCUUGUAUUCACACAGUGUUUUGAGUGAUAUAUUGUAAAGAUAGAUCUUAUGCAUGCUCCUUGGGGAAAAGAAGUUAUACAUGCAUGUCACUUAUCUUAUCUUGGCAUUACCAUAAUUCUUAUAUUGGUUGAUGUUGCUGAUAUAUGAAACAGAAUCUGAUGGAUAUCAUUGAUAACAGUUACUGUUUGUCUUCUUUUUUACAUCAGGAUAACAGAUCUUAGUAGUACAGCGAAAGACAAUUCACUGUAAUUUGUUAUAUUGUCAUAUAUUACACGAUUAUGAUUUUCAAUGGCACAUGUUUGUACACUACAAUUUUAUGUCUUUAGAGGUCACAUAUCCAGUUUGUUUCGUGAAUAGUCAAUAUUGGAUUAUGAUUAUAAUGUCAGUUUGUUUGCAACAUUUACCCCAUAUAUAGUGUUACCUUACGGUCAACUGUCAAUAUCUACUGCAUUCACUAUACAUAGCAGUGUCUUGCUUUCUGUAACAAAGAGGUAUAUAGGGCUGUUAGGGAUUAUCCAUAAUGUACAUUGUUUUUUAGUUUUAUUGUUAUUGUGUUUACCUGAACUUAUAUCUCAAUUGCUAUGUAGGGGGCCUUUCAUAUAAUCAGUAGGUAUCUUGUUUAUGUACCUGUUUUAUAUAUGUAUUCCAUUUCUGUUAAAUAUAUAUACAUGUUAAAAUGCCCUUUUCAGAGAUUUCUACAAUGCUGCUCUUUUCAGUAUGUGCUUUUAUUUUAGUAUAUCAAAUUUAAUUGGAUAUGCUGUUUUUAAAAUCUAUUUCUUUUAAAAUGUGUUUGAAGAUGAUAGGUGAUUACCAUAUUGCAUUGCGGUUCUUUUUUAGAUCGCCAAGGAAAUAGCAUGAUGUUAAGUUUGUGCAGAAUGUCAUUUACAUGCAUGUAGAUAGGUCAAUGCAAUUUAGCUUUGACUUUGGUUUGAUAAGCUUUGUUUAGUGCUUUGAACAUGAUUUUAACAAUGAA